AUGUCCCUGGACAGACUUCCUGGCUGGCUUAAAUCUGUGGUCUGUGGGCUCCUGCUUCUCCUCCUCCAUGUGCACGGCCAGGACUCAUCCAGUCCCAUCAGGACCACACACACAGGGCAGGUGCUAGGCAGGCUCAUCCAUGUGAAGGACACCAAAGUGGGUGUCCACACAUUCCUGGGAAUUCCCUUUGCCAAGCCACCUGUAGGACCACUGAGGUUUGCUCCUCCUGAGUUCCCUGAACCAUGGAGUGGUGUGAGAGAUGGAACUUCUCACCCAGCUAUGUGUCUGCAAAAUAUUGAUAUGAUGGAUGGAGAGGGUCUGAAGAAGAAGAUGCUCAUGUCUUCCAUCUCCAUGUCUGAGGACUGCCUAUAUCUCAACAUCUACACAUCAGCCCAUGCCCAUGAAGGCUCUUAUUUGCCUGUGAUGGUAUGGAUCCAUGGUGGUGGACUGGUUAUGGGCACAGCUUCCAAGUAUGAUGGAUCCACACUGGCAGCCACUGAGGAUGUCAUAGUGGUCACUAUCCAAUACUGCCUUGGUGUCCUGGGCUUCUUCAGCACUGGAGACCAGCAUGCUAGAGGCAACUGGGGCUACCUGGACCAAGUGGCUGCCCUAUGCUGGGUCCAGCAGAAUAUUGCCCACUUUGGAGGCAACCCUGACCAGGUCACAAUUUUUGGAGCAUCAGCAGGUAGCACAAAUGUGUCUUCACAUGUGUCCCUCAUGUCCCAAGGACUCUUCCACAGAGCCAUCAUGGAGAGUGGGGUGGCUAUACUGCCAGACAUUAUCUCUGAUACCUCUGAGGGAGUCUACAUGAUGGUGGCCAACCUAUCUGGAUGUGAGGCUGUGGAUUCAGAGGCCCUGGUGUGCUGUCUGCGAGGCAAGAGUGAAGAGGAGAUUCUGGCUAUUAACAAGGUCUUUAAGAUAAUUUCUGGUGUGGUAGAUGGGGAGUUCCUACCCAGGCGUCCCCAAGAGUUGUUGGCCUCUGUGGAUUUUCAACCUGUUCCCAGCAUCAUUGGUGUCAACAAUGAUGAAUAUGGUUGGACCAACCCCAUGUUCAUGGGCACUGCUCCUACCAUAAAGGAAAUAACCACAGAGAACCUGCAGACUGUUCUGAGGAGCAAAGCAGCACAGAUGAGGUUGCCUCCUGAGUGUGGUGAUCUGCUAAGAGAAGAGUACAUGGGGGACACUGAGGAACCCCAGACCCUCCAACUACAGUUCAAAGAGAUGAUGGCAGACUUCACGUUCGUGAUCCCUGCACUUCAAGUGGCACAUUUUCAGUGUUCCCAUGCCCCUGUCUACUUCUACGAGUUCCAGCAUCAGUGCAGCUUCCUCAAAAGUACCAGGCCAUCCCAUGUGAAGGCUGAUCGUGGUGAGGAGAUUGCCUUUGUCUUUGGACCCUUCUUCAUGGGCAUCAAACAUGACUAUACCAGGGAACAGAUCUUGGAUUAUGGUGACCAUCACCUUUCCCUGUGGGGGCAUAUCCACAGGAACCCCAACAGUGAUGGCCUACCCUACUGGUCUGUGUUGGACCAGGAUGAGCAGUACCUGCAGCUGGACAUCCAUCACACUGUCAGCCAUCACCUGAAGUCUAGAAGGCCGCAAUUGUGGACGAAGAACUUGCCCCAGAAAAUCCAGGAGUUAAAGGGAGCUCAGGACAAGCACACAGAAUUAUAG